UGUUGUUUUUUUUUAUUUCAAAUUUUGUUGCUUUUUAUAUUUAUCGAAUCGAAUUCAUCGUAAUUUAACUGGUAAAGUUGUUGUCAUGCGAUCAGGAGGCUCGUGUAAAGUUGUUGCCAUUUCAUUUUUUUUUUCAAAUUUUGUAGCUUUUAUUUGUAUGGAAUCGAUAGAGUUGUUGUCGUGUGAUUAGGAUGUCACGGGUGCAAGUCUCUUGUAUAAAUGCAGGGUAAGGCUGUGUACGAUAGAUAUUUUUGGUCUCGUACUUCCUCGAACCCUGUGCAUAGUGGGAGAACCCGUCGGGAUUCAAUUUUUUGAUUGGGAAAACCCGUUGGAAUCCAAUUUUUCGAUCAGCAAAGCUAUGGAAAUGAUGACCGUGAACUCAAUUCAAUACGACAGACUGAAAGAGCUAAUGAAAUUAGCUCAGGAAAGGAACACCGAUCCAUUACUAUGCAACAUUCCUCAACCCUCAAUUCCAUCGGAAUCUCUUUAACGUCGAUCAAAGUCGGAGAGAUUCUGGUAUCUCAUAUUUGUUGGUGUAAUAAUGUUCCCAAUGCUUGGAAACUUCUAAAGAAAGCUUUGAUGGUUAGACUUGUUCCUCCUUUGUUCGUUCUCGCCCUUCUCUCCACUAGGUCUUUUUUCUUUCCCUUGCAAUUAUUAGUUUUUUUCAAAUUUUGUUGCUUUUUGUUUUUAUGGAAAUGAUUUCGUGUAAUUUAACUGGUAAAGUUGUUGCCAUGUGAUCAGGCGGCUCGAGUAAAGUUGUUGCUAUUUCAUAUUUUUUUUCAAAUUUUGUAGCUUUUAUUUGUAUGGAAUUGAUUAGAGUUCCUUUCAUGUGAUCAGGAGGUCAGGAGGUCACGGGUUUGUCUCUUGCAGAAAUGCAGGGUAAGGCUAUGUACGAUAGAUAUUUCAGUCUUGUACUUCCUCGAACCCUGUGCAUAGUGGGAGAACCAGCGCGGAAUCCAAUUUUUUGAUCAAAAACCUGCCGGAAUCCAAUUUUUCGAUCGGCAAAGCUAUGGAAAUGGGGACUGUGAACUCAAUUCAAUAUGACAGAGUGAAAGAGCUAAUAGAAUUAGCUCAGGAAAGGAACACCGAUCCAUUAAAUGGACUAUGCAACUUUCCUUCAGCCCUCAAUUCCGGCGGGAUCUCUUUAACGUCGAUCGAAGUUGGUGAAAUUUUGGUAUCACAUAUUUGUUGAUGUAAUAAUGUACAUAAUGCUUGGAAACUUUUAGAGAAAACUUUGAUGGUUAGAAUUGUUCCUCCUUUGUUCGUUCUCGCUCUUCUCUUCACUAGGUCAUUGUUCUUUCCCUUACAAUUGUUAUUUUUUUUCAAAUUUUGUUGCUUUUUGUUUUUAUCGAAUUGAUUUCGUCGUAAAUUAACUGGUAAAGUUGUUGCCAUAUGAUGAGGAGGCUCGAGUAAAGUUGUUGCCAUUUCAUAUUUUUUUUUCUUCAAAUUUUGUAGCUUUUAUUUGUAUGGAAUUGAUUAGAGUUGUUGUCGUGUGAUCAGGAGGUCACGGGUGCAAGUCUCUUGCAGAAAUGCAGGGUAAGACUGUGUACGAUAGACAUUUCGGUCUUGUACUUCCUUGAACCCUAUGCAUAGUGGGAGAACCCGCUGAGAUCUAAUUUUUCGACUGGGAAAACCCGCUGGAAUCUAAUUUUUCGAUUGGCAAAUCUAUGGAAAUGGGGACUGUGAACUCAAUUCAAUACCACAGAGUGAAAGAGCUAAUGAAAUUAGCUCAAGAAAGGAACACCAAUCCGUUAAAUGGACUAUGCAACUUUCCAUCAUCCCUCAAUUCCGGCGGAAUCUCUUUAACAUCGAUCGAAGUCGGAGAAAUUCUGGUAUCUAAUAUUUGUUGGUGUAAUAAUGUUCCCAAUGCUUGGAAACUUUAAGAGAAAGCUUUGGCGGUUAGAAUCAUUCCUCCUUUGUUUGUUCUCGCCCAUCUCUCCACUAGGUCAAUUUUCUUCCCCUUACAAUUGUUAUUUUAUUAAAAAAAUUGUUGCUUUUUAUUUUUAUGGAAUCGAUUUCGUCUUACUUUACCUGGUAAAGUUGUUGUCAUGUGAUCAGGAGGUUACGUGUUCAGCAUGUGGUAAAGUUGUUGCCAUGUCAAUUUUUUUUUCAAAUUUUGUAGCUUUUAUUUGUAUGGAAUUGACUGGAGUUGCAGUCAUGUGAUCAGGAGAUCACAGGUUCAAGUCUCUUGUAGAAAUGCAAGGUAAGACUGUGUUAUGAUAGGCAUUUUUUGUCUUGUACCUCCUCGAACUCCAUGCUUGUGGGAGAACCCGCCGGGAUCCAAUUUUUCAAUCAGGAAAACCGUUGGAAUUCAAUUUUACGAUCGACAAAGCUAUGGAAAUGACGACCAUGAACUCAAUUCAAUUCGACAUAGUGGAAGAGCUAACGAAAUUAGCUCAGGAAAGGAACACCAAUCCAUUAAUAUGGACUAUGCAACUUUCCUCAACCAUCAAUUUCGGCGGAAUCUCUUUAACGUCGAUCGAAGUCGGAGAAAUCCUGAUAUCUCAUAUUUGUUGCUGUAAUAAUGUUCCCAAUGCCUGGAAACUUUAAGAAAAAGCCUUGGCGGUUAGAAUCAUUCCUCCUUUAUUUGUUCUCGCGCUUCUCUCCACUAGGUCAUUUUUCUUCCCCUUACACUUAUCAGAUUUUGUAGCUUUUAUUUUUAUGUAAUAGAAUCUUUUGAUUGUUACUUAAAUUUUACUGUACCUUAUUGUUAAGUUCCAUCAUUAGAUAACGACGAAAAGUCUCAUUUUAUGUUGUUGUCAUGUGAUCAGGAGGUCACGAGUUCAAGUCUUCUGCAGAAAUGCAGGGUAAGGCUGUGUACAAUAGACAUUUGUUAUUCGGUCCUUCCCUAAAUCCCAUGCAUUGUGGGAGCUUUAUGGUGUGUUUGGAUGGUUGUUACCUAUGGUAUUGUAUUGUGUUUAAAUGCCAUUUUUCUUAUGAUUGUUACUUAGGUUUUAUUGUAUCAUAUCAUUAAGUUUCAUGAUUGUGCCAUGUUUCUUAUGAUUGUUACUUAAGUUAUAUUGUAUCAUAUCAUUAAGUUUCAUGAUUGUGCCAUGUUUCUUAUGAUUGUUACUUAGGUUAUAUUGUAUCAUAUCAUUAAGUUUCAUGAUUAAGUAAUGACAAAAAGCCCCAUUUUAUAUAACAAAAUUGGUUCAGGAAAGAAACACGGAUCCAUUAAUAUGGACUAUGCAACUUUCCUCAACCCCCAGUUCCGUCGGAAUCUCUUUGCCGUUGAUCGAAGUCGGAGAAAUUCUGGUAUCUCAUAUUUGUUUGGUUUAAUAAUGUUCCUAAUGCUUGGAAACUUCUAGAGAAAGCUUUGACGGUUAGAAUUGUUCCUCCUUUGUUCGUUCUCGCCCUUCUCUCCACUAGAGUAAUUCCUGCUCGAAGGAGCUAUCCAAUGGGAUACAGGCUGUAUAUGGAACUUCUAAAAAGAUAUGCUUUUUCAUUACCAUCUCUAGUUAAUGGUCCAAAUUAUCGGAAGAUUAUGGAAUCGAUAAAUCAUACUCUUCAUCUUUCCCAGAUAUUUGAACUCCAGGGAUCUGAAAGUGGAAAGCAUGUCAUUGAAUAUGUUUUCACGGUUGUAUGGCAGUUACUUGAUGCCUCUCUUGAUGAUGAGGGAUUGCUGGCACUGACUGUUGAAAAGAAAUCUAUGUGGCCAGUUGCAACUCAAGAAAUGGAAAUCAGCAAUCGUGAUGAUUUGGCUGGGAAAAGAGUUGAACAUCGUGAAGGAUUAUGUAGAAUGAACACUGUACUGGCUAUUGAAAUAAUUGGCGAACUUUUUGGGGACAAACUGACAUCCAUGAUUCUUUACUUGGCACGUAGGAACAUGCCCACACAUUGGGAUUCUUUCAUGCAGCACUUACAACUUCUAGUGUCAAACUCGUCAGCUCUAAGAAACUCUAAGAUUAUUUGUCCUGAGGCUUUGAUACUGUUGAUAUCCAAAAACCGUGGAGUCCGCUCCAGAGAAUGCAUAACAAGCUCACGGAAAUUUCUUCAUGCUGUUAUGGCGUCUGGAUCACUUGUGUUUUCUGCUAGUCGUGGUGAUGAUGCUAGUGCAUCAGUUCUCUGGCUACCCAUUGAUCUCUUUCUAGAAGAUACCAUGGAUGGGACACAGGUGGCAGCUACAAGUGCUGCUGACACCCUUGCAGGUCUGGUAAAGGCUCUGCAGGCAGUUAACUUUACUUCGUGGAGGAACACAUUUUUUGGAUUGUGGAUUUCAGCCCUAAGGCUUGUUAAUAGAGAAAGGGAUCCCAGUGAGGGACCAGUACCUCGUCUUGAUACUUGCUUAUGCUUAUUGUUGUCUAUUACACCGCUAGCAAUUACCAACAUUAUUAAAGAAGGAGAAAAUGAAGGCUGCUCCAGUGAUCAAAGAACAGAGGCCACAGGAGAACGUCGUCAGGCCUUGGUUUCUAGCUUACAGCAACUGUAUGAUUAUGAAGGCUUGUUGAACCCACCAUUGCCUGCAAUUCCUUUGGCAAACCAAGCUACUUUGAAAGCAAUGAUGUUCCUCUCAGGGAUAAGUGGGGGCAAUGAAUAUUUUGAUGGGAUGAGAUUGAAUGACAUACCUGUCAAUUGCGCUGGGAACUUGUGGCACCUUAUUGUUGAGGCUUGCAUUGCUAGAAACAUUUUGGAUACAUCUGCUUAUUUAUGGCCGGGAUACGUAAAAGGUCAAUGCAAUCAAGUGCCUCGUAACAUGUCAGGCCCAUCGCCAAGCUGGUCAUCAUUGAUGAAGGGGUCUCUCCUAACUCCCCCAAUGGUCAGUGUAUUGGUUUCAACACCUGCUUCAAGCUUAGCAGAAAUAGAGAAAAUAUAUGAGAUUGCUGUCAAUGGUCCAGCUGAAGACAAAAUUUCUGCCGCUACUAUUCUCUGUGGGGCCUCCCUUGCUCGUGGUUGGAAUAUACAGGAACAUACAAUUCUAUUCAUCAUUAGGCUGCUUUCACCUUGUGUUCCUUCAGAUUAUUGUGGAACUGAUAGCCAUUUGAUUGGCUACGCUCCAUUUCUGAAUGUUCUUCUUGUUGGUAUAUCAUCUGUCGACUGUAUCCAGAUAUUCUCUUUGCAUGGAUUGGUUCCACAGCUUGUUGGUGCAUUGAUCCCAAUUUGUGAAGCUUUCGGUUCUUGUCCACCCAAUGUGUCAUGGACUCUAAUGUCAGAAGAAAUCACUUCACAUGCCGUUUUCUCGAAUGCAUUCACACUUCUGCUGACAUUGUUUAGGUUUGAUCAGCCACCGCUUGAGCAUCUCACAAGAGAUGUUCCUAUGGGAUCUCAUCUAACUCCUGAAUUCCUAUUGUUGGUUCGCAACUCCCAGUUGGUAUUCUCUGAAGAUUUGCUGAAAGAUCAAAGCAAAAGCAAUCAAUUGUCUAGAGUUCUCAGUCAACUACCUAGAGAGCCCAUAGUCAUGGAUUCUUUCCCGAAACUAAAAUAUUGGUACCGGCAACAUCAAGCAUGUAUUGCAUCACCUCUCUCAGGUCUCGUCCCUGGAAGUCCUGUUCAUCAGAUAGUUGAAGCACUGCUGAACUUCAUGUUCCGAAAAAUAAAUAAAGCUGGUCAGUCCCUUAAACCUCCAACUUCAAGUGGCAGUAACUCAUCUGGAUCUGGAAAUGAAGAGAUAUCUCCUCAUCUUAAGUUGCCUGCAUGGGAUAUUUUGGAAGCUGUUCCUUUUGUGCUUAACGCUGCUCUCACAGCCUGUGCUCAUGGGGCCUUGUCACCACGUGAGCUAGCCACAGGUCUUAAGGAUCUAGCUGACUUUCUUCCUGCAUCUUUGGCAACAAUCACAAGUUACUUUUCAGCUGAAGUGUCACGGGGUAUCUGGAACCCUGCUUCUAUGAAUGGAACUGAUUGGCCAAGUCCUGCUGCAAAUUUAGCAACAGUGGAACAACAAAUUAAGAAAAUCCUAGCUGCCACUGGUGUUGAUGUCCCAAGUCUCUCUGUAGGUGGAAGUUCUCCAGCUGUUCUUCCUUUGCCCCUGGCGAUCCUUGUGAGCCUCACCAUUACAUAUAAACUUGAUAGAGAUACUGACCGCUUUCUGAACUUCAUAGGGGCAGCAGUGAGUAACCUGGCUACAAGUUGUCCUUGGCCAUGUAUGCCUGUUAUGGCUUCCCUAUGGGCUCAAAAGGUUAGACGCUGGAGUGACUUUCUUGUUUUCUCUGCAUCCCGGACUGUUUUCCACCACAGUAGGGAUGCAGUGGUUCAACUUCUUCGGGCCUGCUUUACUGCUACACUAGGUCUAGAUACAUCUUCUACAGAAAGCAAUGGUAGGGUUGGUUCACUUCUUGGUCAUGGAUUUGGUUCGCAUUUUUCUGGUGGCAUGUCAGCUGUUGCCCCUGGUAUACUCUACUUGCGUGUUCAUAGAGCUGUCAAAAAUGUCAUGUCUAUGGCGGAAGAGAUCGUCUCCCUUUUGAUGCAUUUUGUCAGAAAUAUUGCUGAUAAUGGAGUCACUGCUAGGGAAUUGGAGAAACUCAAGAAAACCAGAAGCGAGAUAAGCUCUAGUGGAUUCCCUGCAUCUUGUCAGGUCUCCCUAGCUGCAGCAAUGAAACGUGCCAAGCUUGCAUCUUCCUUGGGUGCUUCAUUAAUUUGGAUUACAGGUGGUUUAAGUUUAGUCCAAUCUUUGCUAAAAGAAACAUUGCCAUCUUGGUUUAUAUCAGCACAUGGGUCAGAGCCCAAUGGUGGGAUCUCAGAAGGAAUGGUUGCAAGGCUAAGGGGUUAUUCCCUUGCACACUUGGCGGUGAUAUCUGGAACAUUUGUUUGGGGGGUGGAUUCAUUAUCAUCCACGUCCAAAUGGCGUCCAAGUAUUCUUGGAGCACACAUGGAAUUUCUUGCAAGUGCACUAGAUGGCAAAAUAUCACUUGGUUGUAACAAGGCUACAUGGAGAGCAUACGUGUCAGGAUUCAUAAGCUUGAUACUGGGAUGUGCACCAAGAUGGCUCUUGGAGGUGGAUCUUGAAGUUUUGAAGAGGCUAAGCAAGGGAUUGAAACGGUGGGAUGAAGAAGCAUUAGCUUUGGCACUUUUGGAAAAUAGUGGUGUUGGUGCUAUGGGUACUGCUGCUGAAAUGAUUCUAGAAGGGGGCUUGAGCUUUGCUAGAUGAGCACUCAAGGAGGACUGGUGAAUGCAACCACAUCCUCUUAGAUCAGUAACUUUAUACAAUUUUUUUAGUGUGUAAAUGUUAGAGGACAGAUAUAGAAGUUUUGGAACCCUGCAGGUACUUCUGCAGUUUUGACGUGUUUCGUGACGCGUUAUGGAAUCAGUUAGCAACCUUCUUUUGAUCAGUUGAGUUUUGAUUAUGA